AGGGAGGGGACGGGGCAGGUCAUGCAGGGCCUUGGGGAGGAGUUGGGCUUUUACCCCAGGAGGGAGGGGGGGACCCUGGAGGGCUGUGGGCAGAGAGGGGAAGGGAGACUCUUCCCCUCUCGAUGUGGAGACCUGGAAACAGGUGGGCAGGGGCGCAGAGACCAGGGAGGACGCCCUGCCCAGGCAGGCAAUGACAGGACUGCGGCCACAAGCAGCUGGAAAUGAUGAAAGGCAGGCAGGUUCUGGAUUUCUUGUGAAUUUUUUAACGUGUAGUAAAAUGUGUGUAACAUUUUAAGGUGUACAAUCCUGUGGUUUUUAGUAUAUUUACUAUGUUGUGCCGGCCACCACCAUCUAAUUCCAGAAUAUUCCAUCACCCCCAAAAGAAGCCCCAUCCCCAUUAUCAGUCACCCCCAUUCUCCUCCCAGCCCGACAACCACGAAUCCACCCUCUGUGUCUGUGGAUUUGCCUGUUCUGGAUGUUUCCCAUCAAUGGAAUCAGACACUUUUGUGUCUGGCUUCUCUCACUGAGCUUCGUGUUCUCAAGGUCGUGUCGGCGCGUCACCCCUUUUCAUGGCUAACAUUCCAGUGUGUGGAGGGACCCUGUUUUGGGUUUCUGUUGUGCAGUUGGUGGGCAUUUGGGUUGCUUCCACUCUUUGGCUGUUGUGGAUCGUGCCGCUGUGAACACGCGUGUGCAGAUUCUCGCGCUAGAUGUAUUUUGGAAACAGAUGAAGGACUGGACGGGGGUGGGGUGAGAAGGGAGGACCUGGGGGCUGCAGGGCUGCUGGCCUGAGCACCUGGAAGGGUAGGGCUGAGAUUGUGGAAAGGAAAUUCAGAAGCUUCGUUGGGUUUGGAGGCCCCCAUACGGCGGUGUUGGGGGGCAGAGAAGAGGUGGGAGGGCUGAGCCCCAGGCCAGCCCUACCCAGAUGAGCGCCCGCCUCCUUCUCCAGCCUCUGCUCUCCCGGCCCGGCCCCUCAGCUGGGGGAGAGGCGGUGGCCUGGAUUGUGGCCAGCAGGCCCAGCUGUUGCCAGGACACCGGGCCGCCUUUGUUGCUGUCAACAAUGGCCCCCGCAGGCCUUGGAGGCAGGAGCCCCCGGGCACCCAGAGGCAGACAUGCAGACCCUGAGGCAGGAGGCUGCCCGGCCCUACGUCCCCCGGGGGACCCUGGAAGUGAACCUCCCGGCAUCUCUCUACAGCGAUGACUACCUGUCCCAGGAGGGGCCCCGCCAGACGCCGGCCAUCAAGCAGGCAACGCGCUGGAAGUACACGCCCAUGGGACGCGACGCGGCCGGCCAGCUGUGGUACACGGGCCUGACCAACUUGGACUCCCGAGAAGCCUGGAACAUGCUCCCUCAGGCUCUGGACAGCCCGCACCUCGAGGCUUAUGCCCGCAGGCACGGAUGCCACAGCCCCCGGGAGCGCAGCAUGCCCUCGGCCUACACCCAGCGUCUCCGGGAGACCGCCUGGUACGACCCCGUCAUCCCCGCGCAGUACAGGGGCCCUCGCGCGCGGUACGGGAGCGUGCUGUGGAAAGACAGACCCAUCCGGGGCGAGGAGUACGUGAUCCACAGGCACCAAUUCGGGGUCGAGCCACUGUGGCAGGCGUCUGACUACGUGCCAUACCUCUCGGCGCCCCAGCGCCCGCGCUACACCACCCAGAACUACCGGCAGUGGGACCUGGAACCCUGCUGCCCCUCCACCAACCAGCAGCCCUCGCCCAUCUACACGCCCCGUCACUGAUAAA